AUGGAUAAACAAGUUGAUGACCCUUCUCGAUUAGAACAAAAGUUAGAAAAUUUGCGAACAAAAAUGAGGACUGAAAGUCCGACAGGUGGUUCAAAAGGUAGCAGGCUUGACGAAUUGGAGAGUCGUAAUUUUACUUUGGAAGAAGAGGUUAAAGAUUUAAAAAUUCAAUUAAAUGAAAAACAAAAUGAGCUUUCCAAGACCCAAGAAUUGGUAAACAAGCGUACAGCUGAUUUAGAAAAGUCAAAAACGGAAUAUGAAGAAAAAUUGAAGAAAAUGCGAGGAAUAUUUAAUGCUGCAAACAAAACUAUAAAUGAGCUAAGACAAAAUGUAGCUUCUAAAAAUAAAGAGGUUGAAGAGUUGAAAGCAAAUAUAGAAAGUCUAGAAGAAAAAGAUCAAAAAACAAAAUCAACAGCAGAUGAAAGUCGAAAAUCGGUGGAAAAGUUGACAACAGAAAUGCAUAAUCAGGCGGCCAUGUAUAAUUCACAGAUAGAACAAUUGGAAUCAAAACUCCGACAAGCAACACAACAAACAACACAAAUUAAAUCAGAAUUUCAACAAUACAAGAUAAGAGCACAUACAUUGCUCGAACAAAAAAAUCUCAAUAACACUAAUGCAGAUAAUUCUAGACCAGAUGUAUCAGAAUUAACUGCUGCAAACAAAAAAUUGGAAACAGAUCUAAGCUUCAAAACUACCGAGUUAAAAUAUGCACAUAAUAGCAUUAAAGCAAUAGAAAAUGAUCUUAAACGUGCGCUCGAACUAAACGCUCAUCUUGAAAAAGAACUGGAAAAAACACAAAAAACAGCGCGUGAAAAUGCGGAUUCCGUUAAAGACUUACAGGAGAAAUUACAGGAACUUUCAAAGGAAAAUGUUACCUUGCAGGAAGCCCUUCAUGAAGCUAAAGCUAAUUAUACAGUCAGUGUUAAGGAUUUUGAUGAUAAACUUUUAAAGUCAACGGAUAUAAUUAAGAAAAAUCUUCAACAAAAACUGGAGGAAAAUGAGCAAUUGCAAUCAAUAUCAGAACAACUCGGUGAAGAGUUGACAAAGUUACGAGAAGAACUAUCACAACGUUCCGAACAAAUAGAUGACCUUAAGAAGCAACUUGCCGCUGCUGUUGUCAAAGCUCCACUAACUUUACGUACAAAUAUUCGAAAGGAUGAUAGCAGACCUUCAUCGCCAUCACCUUCACUAAAGACAUAUAGUCGUCCUAAUUCUACUCAUAAUUCAUUAUCAGACCUUUUAUCUGACACAGAGGGACGAAUAUCUAUGGUGUCAACUUCGGCACUAGAAUCAUCCGAUAAAGAAAAAGAUUAUAUAAUGAAGUUAAAACAUAUGGCUGAAAUGUUAAACGAAAGUGAAUACCAAGUACAGAAAUUAAUGGAACAAGAAAAGUUUUUAAAAGAAGAAAUAAGAAAAUUAGAUCGUACAGAAAAACGGCAAAAUUUAAACGUGGAGUACUUAAAAAACGUUGUACUUAAAUUUUUUGAAACUAAUCCUGUGGAUCGUGAGCCAUUAGUUCCUGUAAUAUCAACUAUAUUACAACUAAGUCCAGAGGAAACAAUGAGCUUAAAAGAGAAUGCAAUACUUAGUCCCUCUAGUCCAGUUGUAUUAGGAUUUGGCGUUUUAUAG